AUGGAAGCUGCUAGACAACAAGGUCUAUUACGUGAUGAUGCUGAAUAUGAAAGAUGUAUGGCUGAAGCAGUAUUCUUUCAUAUGCCACAACAGCUAAGAAUACUAUUUUGUGUGAUACUCCUAUAUUGUAACCCAAAAAAAUCAAUAGAUCUCUGGAGUUCAUUUAAGAGACAUAUGGCUGAAGACUUCAUGCAACAUGCUGACGCUAAAACAGGAGAAGCAAUGACAUUCUAUGCAAUUGAAGAAAAGCUGGAAGAAAAAGGUCGAAGAUCUAGUGAUUUUGGUAUACCAUCACCAACAUCCGUUCCUUAUACAUUCGGAUCAAAAAUUAUUAACGAGGAAGAAGAGCUUCGGAUAGGAUAA